GUGUUCUAUUAUUCUACAGGGAUUUUUGAGAGAGCUGGUAUCACACAGCCUGUGUAUGCCACUAUUGGAGCUGGUGUGGUGAACACAGUCUUCACUGUCGUGUCGCUGUUCCUGGUGGAGCGCGCGGGGCGCAGGACCCUCCACCUGGUCGGUUUGGGUGGCAUGGCUGUGUGUGCUGUUCUUAUGACUGUUGCUUUGGCUCUGAAGGACGUUCUGGAGUGGAUCAGAUACAUCAGCAUUGUUGCCACUUUUGGGUUUGUGGCUCUCUUUGAGAUUGGCCCUGGCCCCAUCCCGUGGUUCAUCGUGGCCGAGCUCUUCAGCCAGGGCCCACGGCCUGCAGCCAUGGCAGUGGCUGGCUGCUCCAACUGGACCUCCAAUUUCCUGGUGGGAAUGCUCUUCCCCUACGCAGAGAAACUGUGUGGCUCCUAUGUCUUCCUCAUCUUCCUUGUUUUCCUGGUCAUCUUCUUUGUCUUCACAUUCUUCAAAGUGCCAGAGACCAAAGGCAGGACUUUCGAAGACAUCUCCAGGGGCUUUGAAGGACGAGCGGACGCCAGCCCUACCUCACCUGGGGAGAAGGUGGAGCUGAACAGCAUCCAGCCUGGCAAAGAAGUGGCCUGA